GAAUUUCGGCAUUUAAUCUUGUUUAGUUGCUGAAGUUUACUGAUGUUGAAAGAUAAAUGUAAGCUUAAAGUUUAUAGAUUUAUUUGCCAGCUGCAAUAAAUUUAAACUAAUGGGAUAUUUCCUUUGAAACACAAUAUUAAAGUUCUCAAGUAGAAUCUAGCAACAAUUUCACAUGGCGUCUUCCAGUGGUCGAUCCAGUGCAGGACGAUCAAAAAGCUAUGACGAAUUGCCUAUGCAGAAUUUGGGGUAUACUUAUGAGGAAGAUGAAUAUGGCUACGUAGAUCCAAAAACUAAAAGAAUAUCUCAAGCUUUAAUAUCUCAGCUUCCUAGCCAUCAAAUAGAUCAGUUGUUUAAAGAGGACUCUGUUGAAAGAGAUGGGAGUAGUGGGCUUCGUAGAAGGGAUUCUACUUAUCGAACUCUACAACUGAAGAAUGCUACUCUUGGUGCAAGACGAGCAAAUCUUGAUGUAGAAAAGAUAUAUGAAAUACUGAAUUUAAUUCCUGAUCAGACUGAAAGAGAAAAAGUAAAUACAUUACGAGAAAUGCAUCAAAGUUUAACCAUUAAGAGACAAGUAAAGGAAAAACUAGAUGCUGAAUACAGAGAAAAAGAAGCUAGUCAAAUUUUAGACAGACUUACCAGAUUCAAGCUAAGACUUUCCAUGGCAUGGCACAAAUUUGUGUAUGAAGUGAAAAAUUUAUCGUAUUUGUUUUCUGUCUGGCAUUCUCCAAUCAAAAACAUUCAAGGACAGUUUGGAUCUGGUGUUGCAUCGUAUUUUAUUUUCGUGCGCUGGCUUUUGUAUAUUAAUCUGUGCAAUUUUUUCUUACUUUUGUUGUUUGUGCUUAUUCCUCAGUUCAUCUACGAGUCUUCAGAAGCGGGUAUACAUAAUAUUAGUGUACCUUUUUCUCCAGAAGAUUUGCUCACUGGUUCUGGUUGGAUGACAAAUUCAACAUUUUAUUUUGGGCAUUACACAAGUAGUACAAUUAGUGUUCUUCCUGGUCUUCAUUACAGCAUGCCUUUAGCAUAUUUAUUUAUCAUUGGUGUAAAUUCAUUAAUAAAUCUGCUGGCUGUAAGCUAUUCGCUUACCAAUGCCUAUCAAAAAAACUAUGUUGAUACUUCUGGAGAGAUGAAAAAUGUGUUCUGCAAUAAAAUAUUUUCUGCUUGGGAUUAUGGUAUUGAAACAGAAGAUGCUGCAAGACUACGGAAACGGGCUUUCUGUAAUGAAAUUAAGGAAUUGUUAUACAUGCAAGUACAUAAUCAAAAGGAAAAAAAUACAGUGGAGAAAAUAGUUCAAGCAGCUCUCAUGAUUUUUGUGAAUAUUUUUAUUGUAACAGUAACUGUUGCUGUAUGUUAUCUAAUUUACUAUUUACUGGAAAAGAAGGCUCUUAAAGUUAGUAUAAAGGUACUUGAAGAUAUGACGCUAGCUUUAACUGUGACUUUAGUAUCCAGUGCAUUUUAUUUCCUUUUAAAUUAUGCUACAAAGCUUGAGUUUUAUUUUCAAAGAAAAACAAAAUUGUAUUUGACUAUGAUCAGAGUUAUGAUUUUGCGGACAGUAAUGUUAGGAAUCAUUGUUUAUUUUUGGAUGGUAAUAUAUAGUCCAUCUCGUAAGGAAAAUAUAUGUUAUGAAACUGAAUUAGGCAAAGAAAUUUACCGCCUUAUCAUUGUUAAUUUCCUUGUGGCUGUUAUUCUGUUCACUAUUUUUGGAGAAUGUAUUAGGAAACUGCUCUGUGUUUAUAUCUUUCCAUCAAUAAAGCUACCCAAAUUUGAUGUUGCUUACAAUACACUUGACUUGAUAUAUUGCCAAACAUUAGCAUGGAUAGGUGCCUUUUGUAUUCCGUUAGCACCAGUGCUAAUUAUUGUAAUGCUGAUUCUGUUAUUUUACAUUAAAACACUCUCUGUUACUUACAAUUGUACACCACCUAAAAGAUUAUGGUCUGUAAAUGAAGCUCAGACAUUUUACCUGACUCUGACAUUUCUCAUGUUCCUGUUCUCUGCAUUCACUGUGGGAUAUGUAAUAUUUGCAAUAGAUCCAUCAAUGUGUGGUCCUUUUAAAGACUAUGAUAAAACUGGAGAUCUGAUUCGUAAUAUAUUCUUCAAGAAGGGUGAGGAAUACCUUGCUUCUGAAAUAAUCAAAUAUUUAUCCUCUCCUGGUGUAAUGUUUGCUGUGUUUUGUGCUUUGUGUGUUGUGGUUUAUUAUAUGAGGGCUCAAGCCAAAGCUCACAUUUCAGUUGUCAAGAAGAUACGAGAGCAGUUAAUCAUGGAAGGUAAAGACAAAGCAUUUUUACUGCGAUUGUUUGAUGAAGCCUUUUCAGAAGAAAUGCUGCGCAAAAAUGUGAAUCUUGGCCAAAAAGAAUCUCACAACUCUUGUUCUCCACAAAAUGGCAUCAGCCAGGAGGUAAUAGUUAAUCAGUUAUAUAGUGACUAUGAACGACCUGCUGGUUCUCCUCCCCCCAAGAAUUUCUCACCAGGAUAUAUUCCUGCUAAUGUGCCUGUGAAUCAGUCAUCUGUUGCAGAAUCUGACCAUAGGUAUCAACGAGAGAAUAGUAUUUCCCCAAAUGGACAAUCAUUUUUUAGAACUUUUACUUCCCUAGAAGAGGACAUCCCUCAUCACAAACGGAGGGGACCUCAAUAUCCUUCUCAUGAGCCAGGCUUUAGGUAUCUUAGGCAAGGAGAGAGAAUUCCAGAGAAGGAACCCAAAGAGAGAACUUCAGAAUCUAGAUAGAGAAUUUUAUAAUUUUAUUUUGUAAUAUAUAUUUACACUCUUUUUAUGUGAAAUAUUAUAUGCUAGAAAAGUUCUGUGAUAGAACAAAUUACAUCUAUUUCUAAAGAAACUACUUUUGAUUUUUUACGUAUGGAAAUGUGGAAGAGAGCCUUAACUAGGAGUCCUGCUAUAAUAUGCCUGGCUCAUUUUUUUCUUAAGGUUGUUCGUUGCAAAAUUUGUGGUUGUACCAAAAGGAAGAGGACUGCAUGUUCAGCUUUGUAACCUGAUUAUCUGUACCUGAAAAAUCUCGUAAAUGAUUUUAAUAUUUUUUAACAAUUUAGUAAUUUUUAAAGACAAUCAUGUAGCAUUUGUAAAUACUGUGCAAAUUUUGCUUGUGUUUGAAAGAUUGUCUCUGUGUGAAAGAUUGCAUGCUCCUAAAAUUUUAUAUUUUGUUAUUUUGAAAUAACUGCAGUGGACUUUCAUGAAUGCAGGUAGUCAAAAGAUUUUUGUCUUUACAAAUGAUAAUUGGUUCUUAAAGGGAAAAUAUACAUUUCAAAAAUUAAAACUUUCUAUUCAGCCAUAACUUAAAUAGUAAUAUAGUAUGUAUAUAUAUAAAAUGUUAAUAAAUAAAUUAGUAAAAGUGAAAUCCUUAUCAGAUACAUCAAUGCACAACUCAAUAAAGAAAUUUUCUGGGGAACACCUCCCUCUGGUUGGUUCCUCUCCUUUGUCUCCUACAUGAAACAGAGCUACUGGCACAUUUCUCCCCUCCCCCUCCAAAUGUCAUAAAAUAUUGUGGCUACUUACAUGCAACAGAUCUCUGAAUGCACCUUGUUUUUGGUUAGAAACCUGUUGAGACUAGUGCUGGGAAGAAGUUUCUUAUUCUGCCACAUGUUUCUAGGUGUAAUAAAGGCAUAAGUAUUAUAAAUGAAUACUCAAGAAACAUUUUCAUUGAAAGCUAUAUGCUUGUGUAGCAAAAAAUUGUGUAUUUUCAACUAAUGUCAUGUAAAAACACAAUUUUUUAACUUGAGGUCAAUUAUUUUUGGUCAUUAUAAACAUUUAUCUCUCUUUGGCAUUAAUUCUGUGUUCCCCCCAACAUGAUUCUCCAGUUUUGCAAGGUAUUUGAAAGAUUAUCUGCAGCAUUAUCUUUUGACUGAUAAUUAAUGCUGCUGUGAUCUUAUUCCAAGCUUAUGAAAGUUAAAGAUGCAGUAAUUUUGCUGUCUACUCUCCCUGCUCCAUUCACAUUAACAGCAAGAAAGUGCUAGAUUUACUCCACCAAUCUUCUUUCAUCUUCAAGCUAAACAUUAAAAAAAUUGGAUAGAAUUUCUGAGGUUGCUUUUGAGAAAGAGAUGAACAGUUUUAUCUCCAGCAUUUUCAGCAUCCUAGGUUAUCAGUACAGUACCCUGUAUAGAUUAAAUAGACAAUUCAAAUAAAAAUAAACUUUAUUUAAUUAUCCCUUGUAACAACAACUUAGCUGAUGUCCACUGAAAAUUAGGCUAUUUUUAAUUUAAAAGUCAAACAACAAAAAUCAGCGUUAUAUUUUCAAAUUUUUUAGAACUAGUUUCGAUGAUUUUAUUACCGAACCAUCUUUCUCAGAAACCGCCGAAACUAGUCCUGGAAAAUUUGCAAAUAUAACAUUGAUUUUUUUGUUUGACUUAAUUAAUCAUUAAAAUUAAUCAUUGUUCGGUGUGUUAUUUUAACCUAAACCCUAGACUAUGUUAUAUAUGCAUGGAUGUGCCCCUGGAAAUGAGAAUACCUUACAAAACAAGCUAUAUACAUAGGUUCUUUAUCCUGGAAAUCCAUUAAAUGAUGUCUUUUAGCAUUGAAUGUCCAUGCACCUCAGGCAGGGAAGAGAAAUGCUUCCCACAGAGAAGAUAUGACUUACUUGAGUACUACAUUAAUGAGAGUCCACUGCAAUAAUUGUGGUGUGUUUUUUUAUGAGGCGGGUUUUAACUAUGUGUUUAGAAAGUGCAAUUUUAUCAUUUCCUUUCAUUAUGUUAGUGUUUAAAUGUAAGUUUGUAUUUAAAAUAUUUACAUUUGAGUAAAUUAUGUUUCACAUUAAAAAAUAUUUACUUUUAAUAAUAUUAAUCUUUAGAGUUAUAAUGAUGAUUAUUUUGCUUAAUUAUGACUAAUUAAUGGAAUUUUUUCCCCUUUCACCUCUUGUUUAAAAAUUUUAACCAUGUUUAGUGUGGAUCAAAUCAAGCAUCUAUAAAGCUACAGUAGACCCUGCUUAAUGCAAUCCUGGUUAAUGUUAUCAUACUGUUAUCGAGUUGCUGAAGUCCCACCUGUUUGCAUACAAAAACAUGGAAAAUACAUGAUUUAUUAUGAUCAACAAAUCCGUUACAUGAUCAAACUAUUAUAGAAUAAAAUUUUCAAAGUAAAGUCAUCAAAUAAGGUUGAAGUGGAUUAUAAAAAGUGACAGGAGAAAUAUCUCCAAGUGAAGGGUUAAAUUACCAAAUAGCUUGGUUUCAGUUUCAGUUAACCAUUUAAAAGUAGAUAAAAAAGCAACCUCAGUCUGAAGAGAAUUUUGAUUAACUCUAUUGAUUUUGAAGGCAAUCAGACACAAAUCUUUUCCCCCCUUCAGAAACGCCCCCCACCCUCAAAAAAAAAAAAAAAAAAAAAAAGAAUUCCAGAAGUUUUCCUCUUCUCUUGAAAACAAAAUUCCCACAAAACAUAUACUACAAACUAAGGUUGCCUUUUUGCUUAAUAUAAAAUUUUACAUAGACUUCUUUUUGAAUGAGUGAUGCCUUCUAAAUAUUAAGAUUUGGUGGCCAAAUAAUUUCUAGAAAUGUUACUUUUCUAGAAACAUUUGUUAUAAUUUCUAGAUAAUGUUACUAAUUUCUAGAAACAGUAUUUAAAGGAUAUUUUUUCUCAUUGUUUAAUGUUGUUGUCAUUCAGUUAAUGUUAUCAAAAUAAUUAUGGACAAAUGGGAUCACAAUUAAGUGGCUCCUAUUGUAUGCUAAAAUUAAAUAAACAUCAUAAUUUUAAACACCAGAAACUGUUAAAUUUUAAAUAAUUUUUCUAGUAUGAUUUAUUUAUCAUAAAAUUAAAUUUUUUAUCAUUGAUACAUGCAAACAGAUUUUCACAGGUCAUUAAUUUGUAUGAUAUCAAAUACCUUUAUAUAAAUUACAUAUUAAUUAUAAAAAGAUUCCUAUUAUAUCAUUAUGUAUUUUACACAAAACACAAUUUUUGCAGGUCAAAAUUCAAGAAUGUUCAUAAGACUUUUUUUUCAUCAUUUCAGUAAUUUUUAUAUCAUUUAAAAAUAUUUUUCUAUGAAUAAGUGCAAUGGUAAAUAUACCUUUUGUUGAAUCACUGUUACUGUGCAUUAAACUUUUAAAAUAUAGUUUAUAUACUAUCUGUUCGCAUCUAGUCAGUUUAUACAAAAAAUCAAGAAUGUAUUUAAUUCCUGUUCUGAAAUACUUAUUUUAUUCAUGAAGAUCUAACCAGAAUUUUUUAAAUUAGGUUAAUUUAAAUGACAACUAAUUAAAUGAAUAUAGAAUCAGGUAUAAUGAAUAUAGAAUUCAGUACAUUAAGCUUACCUCAGAAAUAUAAAUUCACACAAUAUAUAAAACAUGUAUAAUCUUUAUAUAUAUAUAUAUAAUAAAUUAUGCAUCAGAAUUUAAAAACUUAACUAAGCAAAUGUAAAUUUAUUAUAUAAUAAUUAUACAGUUUAUAAUAAUUCCAAAAGGUUAAUUUUUAAUAGACACCAUAAAGUAAUUCCAGUAUUAGUUCUAAUUCAGAAGUCAGUAUAUUAAAUAACUUUCAGUUUGAGUUUUAUAUUCCUUAUUUUUGUUUUUAAAACUAUCAAACUUUUGAAUACUUUUAUAGUUGUGAUGAAAUUCAUUAAUAAUUUGGUGUAAUUUCAAACAUAAUUUUUAAAGGGCAAGUUUUAUGCAUCUAGAGAGUAAUUCUUGUAAGUUAACUGAUUUAAACACUUGGAAACAUGGAUUACUAAUUUCUUAAUGGAUUACUAAACUCUUUUAUAUCAUUUAAAUGUUUUAUUUUGAUAUUUUUAAUUUAAUAGAAUUUUAUGUAGGUUGUAAAGCUUAAUACCAUUUUAUUUUAUUACUUGAAAACUACCUGAUUUUUAUUUACUUUGAGGUGAAUUUUGCUGCUGUUUUUCUCUAUAAUUCUUAUUCUUAUUGUAUUCUGUGAAUCUGAAUGAUCUUCAAAUGAUAUAUCUGAUUUCCAAAUUUUCAUUCAUUUUUAUAUAUUAUUUUCAGCCGAAUAUUACAUAUAAAUAUUUCACAGGUUGUGAUUUUUCAGCAUCAUUUGAAUUUUUUUACUUUGUUUGGUUAUUAACUUGUAUUCAGUAAUUAAAGUAAUUUAAUUUAUGGAAAAUUCGAUUAUUUUUAUUAUUGUGUUUUAUGCACUAGCCUGCAUGUUUUAAAUGUAUUUUUUGAAUUACUUAAUUAUAUACAAAAUUAGUAAUUUUUUUUAUCAAAGCUGAAGUUUUUGUGAAUCUGAAAAUGAUUAAACAAUCACAGAUAUUCAUAAUAUUCAUUAAUUUGCAUCUGAUUUGUAUGCAUUGUUUUUGAAUCAUAUUGCUAAUUUAUUUACAAAAUUUUUUGUACUUGUUAUGUUCCUAUAUACUUUAUAUUAUUUAUUUUGACCUGUAUGAUAUAUUUUUAUUUCUUUAUAUAUAAUAUAAUCUUUAAAGUUUCAACAAAUGUAUACAUUUAGGUUAUCUUUGAAAUCAGUGUCCUCAUUUUUUAUACUUUAUCUAUACGUAAACAUCUAAGCCAAAGAGGAUUUCCUGGGAAAUCACAGAUUUUUUUUAACACACAUCUGCCUCAGUUUUUAGUACAGUAGAUUAGCUUGUGACUUGCACUAGAUUACAUUUUUGUGACUGGAAUAAAACUGAUUCUUUCUUGUCACAUGUCUAAAAUUCUCAUUUUUAUUUAUAUUUAUUAUUUCCCAUCUGCAGAAAUUUAGUUAUAUGUACAUAUGUAAGAGAUAUUUUUAGAAUUGUGUUUCUCAUGUUUCUCUGUUUAAGAGAAAUAUUAGAAUAUUUUUAUGAGGCAAUUAUUAAUAUUAAAUGACACAAUUAAUUCUGAUAAUUAAUUCUGUAAUUUUAAUAAAUGAUGUGCUCAAAUUGUGAAUUGCUUAAAUUUAAAAGCUGUAAAAUCUAAUUUUUGUGCCUUUGUAAUUUUACUAAAUUGUGUGAAAUGUUUGUAUGGAUAUUAUAGAUUUAUAUGUAAGUUUGUGAGAAUAUUUCCUCUUUCAAAUAAGAAAAGUCCACUAAUAUGUUAUAAUGCUUUGUAAUUAAUGUCUGAUGAAGUAAGUAAAAAAAAAAAAAAAAAAAAAAAAAAAAACCACCUUUAUAUUUACUAUAGUUUCUUAGUUGUUGCGUACCCUGAAAUUGAUGAUGGUACAUUUUCAUAUUUGUAAUUAGUUCAUUAUUAUCUUUCAGUUUGUUCAUUCUUAUGUCAUUUUGCCCUAAGAGCAACUUCUUAGAGUUUGUGAGCUUUAUAUGCACUUGAAAUGAUCAUCUUUUCUUUUUUAGCUGUAAUUCACUUCAAACAGUUAUUGUAAUGAACUCUGAAGCUUUUAUCCCUAAAUUAUGAUGUUGUAAUAAUAGUUAAAUAUUUUGAUAUAUUUUCAUAUUUUAUGAUCACAUAAUUGCAUUUAAUCAUGUUAAAAAAUAACUGCUUUAUUUUAAUGCCUAUUCUUGGUUGCCUAUUUUAACAAAAAUGUCUGUCAUACUAAUGACACCUUUGAAUAGUUAGUAAUCUUGAGCAUUAAUAUACCUCUCCCAGCCCAUACUAUUGAGUAAUCAUCAUUACUGUCAGUGCUUUUAUUACUAUUUUAACUGUCACAUCAUUAUUCUAGACAGAGAAAAGUUUUAGCUGUUACACGUGAGAUGAGUAACUGACACCCCUUUAAUUUGUAACCCUUAUUAGCUAUUUAUGAAAGUCAGUAACUUAAUAGUAUUAUACUUUCUUUAACAAUUAAUAACAAGAUAAUCUUAGUAUUACAACAGUAUUGAAACAGUAUCUGUCAAUGCAUAAGAAGUAAGCAUUGUUCUUUAAUUUUUUCCUUGAAUGAAUGAAUGUUUAUUUCAAUUUCAUUGGAUUCAAAUUUGACACAUAUUUAUCAAGUUGUGGUAACAUCAAUAGUGCUGUACCCAUCUGUUUUUAAGAUAUGAUUCAAUCAUAGUUUUUAAGAGGAUUUGAAUAUUUAUUUAAUUCAUUCAGCUGAAUUGUUAGUUUGGAAUCUUGGGAAGCAACACGUAUACAAUUUUGUGCUGUCUGUAUUAACAAUAUAAUAUACAAUUCUAAUCAUGAAUAAAUUUUUUGAAAUAUUUUAAAUAUGUCAUUGAAUAGAUUGGGUAUGAUUAUAAUACAUUAUAAAUUUAAAUAGUGUAAACAUUAAAAAAAUUAUUCAGUCUAUUAUUAAUGAUUAAUAGCUGUCCUUACUCAGAUUUUAACUGGCAAUAAUUAAGUCAUAUAUUAAUUAAAAAAGUCUGAAAAAUAUCGUUAGGCAUUAUUAAUUUGUCUCGAAUCCUGAUACUUUAUUGAUAAAUUUAUAAAAGCAUGUUUAACAUGUUUCUGUAGCUGUGUAAUGUAAUUUAUUAUUAUGAAAAUUAAAAUUGUUGAUAUACGA